UGUGUAUUGGGUCGGUCUGCCUAAACCUAUAUAAGCACUGCAGCCAAAGUUUUCCAAAGCCUCUCUUGCCAACCGCAAAGAUGAACUACGGAUCUGACCACUAUACCUCGUCAUCCUACCGAAAGAUCUACAGGGACGCUCCUCGUUUCUCACCCUCAACCUCUCGUAUGAGUAGUCCUUCCGCCUCCUCCCGCAGUUCUGUGUCCUCCACCAGUUACAGGUCUGCGGUGUCUCUCCCCCGCAGCAGUGCGUCAUCGCUGGGCUACUACAGAAGGACCGGUCAGUCUUCUUCCUUUUCGACGGUGCCAGGUGACAGCCUCGAAUUGACUCAAUCCUCCGUCCUCAGCAAUGAGUUGAAAGUCACCCGAACCAAUGAGAAGGAACAACUGCAUGGUCUCAAUGACCGCUUCGCCAUGUUCAUCGAGAAAGUGCGUACCCUGGAGCAGCAAAACAAAGUCUUGGAGACGGAGCUGGUGACCCUGCACCAGAGGCAGCACGAGCCAUCCCGCAUCGCGGACCUAUACCAGCAGGAGAUGCGCGAGCUUCGCGCGCAAGUGGAGGAGAUCGGCAGCGAGAAAGCCCACAUUCUCAUCGAUAGGGACAACUUAGAAGAAGACAUGCACAAGCUUAGGGCCAAAUAUGAGGAGGAGAUAAGGGCGCGCGAGGAGGCUGAGCAGACCCUGCGGUCGUUCAAAAAGGACGUGGAUGACGCCACCAUGGCGCGGCUGGAUCUAGAGCGCAAAGUGGAGGGCCUCCUGGAUGAGAUAUCCUUCCUGAGGAAGGUACACGACGAGGAGGUGGCCGAACUGAGCGGUAUGGUCCAGGCAGCUCAUGUGUCAGUCGAGGUAGAGCUGGCCAAACCCGACCUCACUUCGGCUCUGAAAGAGAUCCGCAAUCAGUACGAGACUCUGGCUUCUAAGAACCUGCACUCCGCGGAAGAGUGGUAUAAAUCCAAGUUUGCCAAUCUCAACGAGCAGGCCACCAGGAGCAAUGAGGCAAUGCGGGCCAGCAGGGAGGAGAUCAACGAAUUCAGGAGACAACUGCAGUCCAAGACAAUUGAGUUGGAGACCCUACAUGGCAUCAACGAGUCUUUGGAACGGCAGAUUCGAGAGACAGAAGAUGGACACAAUCUUGAAAUCGCAGGUUUGCAGGAUACCAUUGGGCACCUGGACAAUGAUUUGCGGAACAUCAAGAAUGACAUGGCUCAGCAUCUUCGAGAGUACCAGGAUCUGCUCAAUGUCAAAAUGGCUCUGGACAUUGAAAUAGCUGCCUACAGAAAACUGCUGGAGGGAGAGGAAACUCACUUUAGCGCCUCAAACCAUGGCACCAGUCACUUUGGAUACCAGCCACGUGCCUCAAGCUAUGCACGGAGUACCAAUAAGGACAAAGAGGCUGCUCAGAAAGAUGGCUUCAAGGAGAUCACUGAGGAAAAAGUGGAGAAGAGCGAUGAAGCAGAUAUCAACUCAAACAACUAGACAACGUAAAUUCAGAGCUUGCAAGCCAGUUAUCUAAAGGCACAGAGAAAAUGUACUGUAUAUCUUACAUUAUUACUGGGAUGCAUUAUGUGCAGCUGAGCACUGCUACACUCUCCAGUUUCAAUUAAAAUAGUGGAAAUCGAGAUCGUCUUUGUUAGUAAUAUGAAAGGAAUAUGGAAGGUAGGUAGGUAGUUGAAAGGAGUGAUAAUUUUGUAAUUUAAACAAAUAUAAUAUUUUAAUGAAAUGUAUAUAUUUUUGUAGCCUGGUUGCCUGAUCUGUAUGUGUUUUAGCCAACUCUUCUGUCGUUCGUUGUUAUGCCAUGCAAAUACAGUACAUGGCUAAUAUUUUUGGGAGUUGGUGCUGUUGAUGAAGCCAUUAAAAAUGUACUGUAACCA